CUAAUUGUACAAUUACCAUUAUUUCAGAUUCAGAAAAUUUGUAAAAUGAUCACCACUACUCAAGGGGGUCAGCAGGUGAUCCAGACCGCCAACGGACAGCAGAUUAUUGUUCAAAACGUUGGUGGACCUAGUCAAGGGGUUCAGCUAGGGACUGGUGAAGGAAUUCAGCAGUUACAGGUACUUCCUGUAAAUGGUCAGCAACAGCUGAUGCUGCAGCAACAACCUGGCAGCUCGCAACCUCAGAUUAUACAGACUGCAGAUGGACAAACUUUAAUUUAUCAACCAGUAUCAGUGGACAACCAACAGGUCGGAGGGAGCCAGUUGAUCCAGCUGCCUGGAGGAUCUGCGGGACAAAACGGGAAUAAUAUUAUUAUGAUGGUUCCAGGGGCCGGAACUGGACCUAGGAUACCAUUACCAGGUCCUGAGGUAUUAGAGGAAGAACCACUUUAUGUAAACGCAAAACAGUAUCACAGAAUAUUGAAACGGCGGCAAGCUAGAGCUAAGCUAGAGGCGGAGGGGCGGAUACCUAAAGAACGGAAGAAGUAUCUCCAUGAAUCUAGACAUCUACAUGCUCUUAAACGAGUUCGAGGAGAGGGAGGCAAAUUUAAUUCUCCUCAGCAGAAAAUGAUGAAACUUCACCACCAGCAGAUUCAUCAACAAACAGAUCUUAAACUAGAUUUCCAAAAUCUUUUCCGUUUGAACCCUGGAUGUUAGAGCUAUAGAGUUAUUUAUGUAAAAGAAUCAAGCAAACAUAUCCACAAGUGAAAUGCAAGAACAAUUAAUUAUCACUUAAACAGACUUAAAGUGAGAUUAUGCAAUAUGUUCACUAAGUGAGUUUAAAUGUGUAUGUAUAUAAAGAAUUACGUACGGUGAAUCAUCUUUUCAAUUAAUCAAUAUUCAGUAAACGCUCCAUGAAAGAUUAAGAUAGAACUUUACUUCUAAAUUAUGCACGUUUUGAGAUUUAUCUUAAAAACCAAGUUCCGUGAGAAAGGCAUAAUAUCAAUAUGCUUGCUCUGCAAUGUAUGCAGGAAAUGUUAAUGUUCAGUAGACCUAAUACCGUCAAUAUUUUAGUCUUACUUUAACAUUUCCUAUUUUUUUUUUACACAAAGUGAGUUUAUUAAACUUUUUCAAAGCUUUAACUUGAAUUUUUUCUUAUUCUGUUACAUGUAGAUUGUACAAUGUACAAUGUGCAUGACACAUCCAAGUGUUACUAAGAUGUAAAUUUUGAAGUUUAAUUAUUAGUUCGGAUAGUUCAUCAUUCGUCAUCCUUUCAGAUAGUAUACUUUCACCUUGUAGGCUCGGAGUGUUAUCUAUUAGUUAAAAAGUUUUCAAAAACAAAAAAAUCGUCUAAAACUGAUAUCGAUAUUCGACAUAGUUUUACUUUAUAAAUAUUAAAACUUCUUUGUAAACAAUCUUGAUAUCCACCUUCCUCGCGGCCCUGUAUCACUGCGUCAGUACAAAUUGUUUUCUACAUUCAAUUAAUAUUUCGAAUAAAGAUAAAAUUAAUA